AUGUGUGUGUAUGUGAGGAAGAGAAACAGACAGAGCACAGGCGGUGCAAGCCAGCUUCAGUACAUGACCUGAAUGUUUCAAGGGCAAAGGGGGAAAAGAUUGAUUGAGGAUGAUGAACGUGAUGACAAAGAGCUGAACAAUGUGAGGAUGUGUGGUUCUGGAAGAAACUGGAAUCUCUAAUUAAUUCACAUCUGACAUUUCUGAAGAGGGAGCACAGUGACAAGAGAGGAUACAAGAUAGCAGACACUCCCCACCAACUCAUUUCUCCGUUCACUCAACUGCCAAGCGCUGUACAAGGAGCAUCAAUGGACCUGCCAAUCAACCUCCUCAUCUUUCUCCUCCUCCUUGCCAUCAGUGGAGUUCUUGGAGCGUGCCCAGAUGGAUGCCAGUGCAAAGACAACAAAAUCCUUUGCCAUGGCAGGUCAAUCACAGAGUUUCCCUCCUCAGUGCCUGGUUCCACUACCACCUUCUACAUCUCCAACACCAACAUCACCGCUCUCAAACCUGAUGACUUGGCUGAUUUUGCCGAGGCCCUUGGCAUCUUUGUGGUCAAAGACACUGGGAUCAGAGAAGUAUUCCCUGGCACCUUUGACUUCACCCAUAACUUGGGUGCCCUGGGCUUCACAGGCACUGAGCUGAAUGACCUGCCUGAGGCCCUGUUUCUAAAUCUGGUGAAGCUGGAAUCUCUGACUCUGAGCGGCAACAAGUUCCUGGUGCUUCGCCCCGCCUGGCUCUACUCCCUCGCUGCUCUGAGGACCCUGGACUUCAGCAAGAACCUCAUCACGUCUGUACCAGAGAAGGCCUUUCGCUCUGUCACUCAGCUGGAGCAUCUCACCCUGGCCAGGAACGGCAUCAACCAACUCUACAGGGACACCUUCAGGGGCCUGAGCAAGCUCAAAUCCCUGCGUCUGAACCGGAACGCUCUUAGGGCGAUCCCUGCUGGAGCGUUUGAUGACCUGGUAAGCCUGGAGGAGCUCUCUCUGCAGGAUAAUGCCAUCACUCAUCUCCCCGCUAACCUGUUCUCCCAGCUGCAGAGGCUAAAGAAGCUUUAUCUCUCCAGCAACCGGCUAACUUCCCUCCCAGAGGGGAUUCUCCUCAACCUCCCUAACCUGGCACAGAUCUCCCUGUAUGAGAACGAGCUCCAGAGUCUGUCCCCAGGAGUGUUCGGCCCCAUGGCCGUGAGGGAGCUGUGGCUGUAUGACAACCGGCUGACCCACCUGGAGGAACACACCUUCAGCAACCUGACCCAGCUGCGUCUGCUGGUACUGAGCCGGAACCAGAUCAGCUCUGUGUCUCCCGGGGCCUUCAGUGGGCUGGCAGAGCUGGGGGAAGUGUCCCUACACACCAACCUCCUCACCAGCCUGCAGGAAAGCACCUUCCAGGGGCUGCAUAAGCUGGUAAACAUCUCCCUGGAGCACAAUUACAUCCACUCCCUUCCUGCCAGGCUUCUCCAGGGCCACUCCCACCUUGGCCAGCUGGACCUCCACAACAACUCCCUCCUCAACCUGCCCUCAGAGCUCCUCAGCACCCUCGCGGUGGCCAAUGAGGUGCUGCUUGCUGAAAAUCCCUGGAAGUGUGACCAGGACAUCGUGCCACUGCGGGACUGGCUGAUACGGAACCCCACCAAGGCUAACCUCAGUACUGUGGUGUGCCUCACGCCCUCUGUCUUAAGCGGUGACAGCAUAGCCGAACUGACUGACGAGGAGUUGAUGUUGUCCACUCCGACCGCCGUCCCUGAUAUCACCCCGACAGAGAAGAGGAGGAAGCCCCACACCCCCGCUCCCAAGAGGAGCACCCCCUCCCCUGCUGCAGAGGCCACGCCCACCCAGGAGCAGGGGGAGGACACCAGCAGUGGGCAGGGGAACGGAGAGGGUGUGUCCAGGAACACGCAGAUCAUUAUCAUCGCGGUGGUCUGCACUGCCAUCAUCACCAGUCUCAUUGUCUGCUGCGUCUGCUGGAGGAGGAACAACAGAGGCAGCCGCAACCUUGGCCGCAGGAACAAAAACAACUCGGUCAUCUAGACUGGCCCAGAGGCCUGAGAACCACAUGGGAGGUGUACUGUACAGUUAUGCUGAGCAUGCCAGAGCAAACAUCCUGAUGCAGCUGUUCCCAAACAUCUUAGCACAGGAACCCAUCAUGUCUCUAUCAUGUCUCUUCAAGAACUCAUGACCAAGGACAGACUAGCUGGGGCCUGAUCCUUGGGGAACUCUACUUUGAUCGAAUAAGUUAUUCUGAUUGGGAUCCCAUAAUAUUAUAACUAGACAAUUUUGCAAGUCCCUCUUCAGCAAGCUUUCUGAGGUUUGAACACUAUCUUGCACAAAUAACCAAAAAGAACAUCUCAUAAACCAACAAUAAUCAUCUGGAAAUUGCAUUGAUGGAAUGCACAAAAUGCCAUUCAUCUUUUUUCAAUACUGGUUAAAAAGUUGAACGUAUACAACUGAAGUCAGAAGUCACCAUACAUGUGGAUUGAAGUCAUUAAAGCUAGUUUUUCAACCACUCCACACAUUUCUGGUUAACAAACUAUAGUUUUGGCAAGUCGGUUAGUAAAUCUAUCACAAUUCCAGUGGGUCAGAAGUUU